AUGCCCACGCUCUCUGUGCACAACAGCGACUACGAACCGGUGGACCAACUUGGAAACGAGCCCGGCGUUAACCUCGAUGAGCUCAAGCGGUCGAGAGCCAGUCUUGGGGACGACUUGUGCUCCGCCCUCGAUGCCGACUUCGACUGGAUGGGCAAGCACUACUUUGCACGUUCUUAUGCUCGUGCCGAGAGUGAGCUCGAUUCUGUCUCCAUGAAGAUCGAAGGAAAGGAUGGUGGCGGCUUCGACCUCUGGACCCCACUCGAACCUUGGCACGUCGAAGAGUUUAUCGAAAACGCAUCUCAGGCCCCGUUUGGCCAUGGAGGUGAGAAGCUUGUCGAUACAAGUGUUCGCGAUACCUGGGAAAUCGAGGGCUCGAGGGAAAUUGUUUUGCGCGAUGUUUGGAAGGGCUUGGGAGUGGCUCCGUUCGAAACUGAGCCUCGAUUGGAUCUCUACAAGUUACUUCUCUAUAAGGAGGGCGGACAUUCGUAG